GAGUGCUGGCUGAUCCCGCAGUGGCGGGCGGUGCGGAGAGUGGAAAUGGCGGAAUUGUUCUGAUCCCGUUCAGGACAGUAACCGUGCCUGUUGGAACAAGACCACGUCCAGCUUCCCUCCUCCCUGCAGCCCCCCUCCUGCUCCUGCUCCAUGGCGACGGCAGGGACCGAGCUGACCGGGAAGCGGUUGCUUUGCCUGUUCGGGGAUUCGGCCUCCGGUGGGCCUGGGCCCGGGCCUGGACAACAACAGCCUCCCUCUCUCCUAGAUGGCGACUGGCACGCUGGCCUCAUCCGAGUCGUCAUCCCGGGGCCCUCGCUGGCGGUUUACGUUGAAUUUGAUGAUUCUCGGUGGAAGAAGCAGGCCUGGGUGAAAGUUUAUGCUGAAGAUGUCCUUGUUUUCCUUGUGGAGCACACUCUGGUGUGGGCCCCAAGGAAAGAGCCGAUCCAUCUACAGGGAGGAAGGAUUCAUGCUAACCAGUGGCCUGCAUUGACGUACAAGGCACUAGUGGAUAAAAUAGGCUUGGGAUCCAUUGUUCCUGUUGAAUUCUUUGGUGACAGGGUGAAGAAUUUUGCCACUGAUGGUGCUAACCUUCGCUUGUUUAAGGAGGAUUCUGACAUUCAUAAUCCAAUUGUUCAGGAAAAUCUAAAGCUCCAGGAAGCAAUGAAGUCUUGGAUGAAAGAGAAGAAGAUUCAAGAAAUCAUUAGAGGUCCAUACAGUUUGCAGGGGCAUAGGGUGAAGAUCUACCAACCAGAUUCCUCAGAAGAGUGGAUUCUUGCUGUUGUUGCACAUCAUGACCCAAGUGCGAGCAUCAUGGUGGUUACAACAGAGCAGGAACAGCAGAGAAAGACUAUUGAUCUGAUGCGAAUUUACAUCACACUUGUGGAUGAAACACUCCAAUUAAUGAAAGGGGAAACUGGGAUACCAUGUAAAAGCUCUGGGACAAAUGAGAGCAGUACAUCAAUGGUUGCUCAAAAGCAAGCUUCUCAAAACUCCCGGAAUAGGCGGAAGAAAGCUGAGGGCAGUCCACCGUACAGUCCAACCAAGGAACCUGAUGAGAAAGAUAAAAAUAAAGAUAGUCGUAGAAGAAAAAAUGCAGCUGAUGGAGAGAAUGAACCUGUACAAAAAAAAGUGAAAGACAAAGAAGAAAUCGAGUCUGACAGCAGUAGUGUAUGCUCAUUAGGGGCUGGAGGCAAUGGUCACAAUCAGCCAAAGAAUGACAACCCUGAUGUGGAGCAAGGGAACUUUGACUCCAAGAGAGUUGAUGAUUUGUCCUGGGGAGUUGCUGACAGUGCUUCAGAUCGAUCUCGCUUUGUACCUCAGCCACAAGCAGGUUUGCGUUAUGCCACCUAUACCAAAGAGAAUGGCAGGACCUUGGUUGUUCAGGAUGAGCCAAUACAUGGGAAACCGUUUGUGCCAACUGCUGCUGCUGCUGCUGCUGCUGGUAGUGCCGUGCCCAGGAUAAGUGGAGUGCCAUUUGCGAAUGCAGAGUCUCUGAAUCCUCAGAGCAAGAAGGGUUUACCAAUUUCUGAUUCAGGCAGAGCCUCCGAAGUUCCGACUGUAGAACCUUCAAAUUUUGUUCAAGAUUCAACAGGUGCAGAUACGGAAGCUUUUGUGGGAGCUGGAUUGUCUGAACAUGGGAUAAAGGAAAACCUUGAUGUAAAUUCAGAAACCCAACAAAAGUCACAAAAUAUAAUGUCCGAGUCCACAAAUGAAAGUCCCACGUGUGCUUCGGUGAAUCCAGGCAACUUCCCAGCACCACAGGAUCGGUUGCAGUCCACUUUCCAGGGAGUUAAAAGUCUACAGACAUCCAGUUUAGCUCCUGUAUCAGAAAAUUCUUUGGGAAAUUCUUCACCAUUGGAGUAUUCAAUAGGGCAACAGGCAGAGGUGUGCAGCACUGCUAAAGGAGAACCAUCGAAGAAAUGGCUUGAAGAUCCUAGCCAAACUCGAAAAGAAGGGGUUUCAACUGAAGAUGGUGCUGUUCAAAUAUCAGAUAAGAAUGAAACGCUUAUGGAAGAAUCAAAAAGAAAUGGUAAUGAGGGAACAAAUGGAGCAUUUGUCCAAGAAAGCAAGGCCUUUGGAUUUGGGUUUGGAAGGAAUGCAGCAGAUUUACCUGGCAGUAAAGCUGGCAACAAAAACUCCGUGGAUUUGGGCAGUUUAUCAAAUAAUUUGUUUUUCCAGUGCAUGCCUCAGAAUGUUCCACAGAGCAACUACUUCACUGCAAUUUCAGAAAGCUUAUCGAAUCACCCUCUCAGCUUCAAUUCCUUCAAAGUGGCUUCCAAUGCCACUGGUCAGAAACAUGUUACAACACAGGCAAUUGGAACUCCUGCUGUUGGGUUAAACCCUGGAGGUAAACCUGGACAAGAUUCUGAGAAAAAAAAACCACUUGGCACUUCUGAAGUCAUGCCAACUCUAACUCCAGCUUUUCCAAGGAGCUCUUCAAGCCUACAGUUUCUUCAGUCAGUCCAACCACCAGAUCUACUGAAGGAAGAAAUGCCCACCAUUCCAUCAGCUAAUUCAUUUCUUAGGUUUGCAGAUCUAAAGGGAAACGGGAAUGUUUUGCCAACUAACAGGUCACAUUCAAGUCUGUUCAGAAGUGAUGUAACACGGUCUAUGGCUUGCAAUCCAGCAUCAGUUAUUGUAAAGCCUCCAUUAUUAACUAACUGGAAGAAAACUGAUAAGAUUACAUCAGAUGUAGGUGGCAACAAAACUGAUCUCCCAAAGAUUUUUUCAUCUCCAUUUUCAUCUCCUACUCAAAAGACGACUAGUUUAAAUACAGCGAGACCCGAUUCACCAGAAACCCAAUUUGGUGCGACCAAUAUUGAGAUGCCAACCUUAUCUACCAGUCCGACUGGGGAUCGGGUUUCAGGCUUUUCAAUCCCUAUUUCUGGUUCGGCCACUCAGGACAAUCCACAGCUGCGAGUUUUCUCAGACACAACCCAUUCUGGAAAGCCACAGCAGGCUGCGUUUACCUUUAGUUCAUCUGAUAAUGGUGUUGAUGGCCCAUCCUGUCAGCAAUCUCAGUUUGAUCAGAGGAGAUUUGCUUUGGAUGAACGGAGCUUGGGUAUCAAGCAGGAGUCAGACUCUGCUUCUGACAGCGACUUAUCAGACCUCAGUGAUUCAGAGGUGCACAUGCGAUUGCAAUCAAAGACUGGUUUAAAAGGAUAUUUAUCUUAUGUGCAUGAAAGGAGGGAGCCAAAUGGUGAAGGGAAUAAAGAACAGAUAGGGAAGGGACGGGGCCGUGGGAGAGGGCGACCGCGAGGAAGACCUCCAAAAAUUUCUGUGGAUCAGUCUGUUUUAAAGGAUCUAUGCAAGGUGAGAAAGCUGAAGCAGUCUGGAGAAUCUUUCCUGCAAGAUGGUUCCUGUAUCAAUGUUGCUCCACAUCUUCACAAGUGCAGAGAAUGUCGAUUGGUGCGUUACCGAAAAUUUAAAGAUCACGAUGAAUCAACGGUGUCCUGUCGAUUCUUCCACUUUAGAAAACUUGCCUUUACAAGGACAGGUGUCCUGCGUGUGGGAGGGUUUCUAAAUCCCAGACAAUGUGAUGGUGAAGCUCUGAGUCUCUGGAUUCCAUCACGUAUACCUGCUGAAGGCCUUGACCUGGAAACAUCCAAGUACAUCUUGGCAAACGUCGGUGACCAAUUCUGUCAGCUGGUGAUGUCUGAGAAAGAAGCUCUGCUUCUGGUGGAACCACACCAGCAAUUGGCAUGGAAACGAGCAGUACGUGGUAUUCGAGAGAUGUGUGAUGCUUGUGAGACGACUCUCUUUAACAUCCACUGGGUCUGUCGCAAAUGUGGCUUUGGUGUAUGCCUUGAUUGCUACAGGAUGAGGAAGAGUCGACCACCACAAGAGGAUGAUGACAGUCUUGAAGAUGAAGUUUUCUCUUGGCUGAAAUGCGCAAAGGGGCAGACACAUGACCCAGUGAAUCUGAUGCCAACGCAGAUUAUUCCCAGCACCGCUCUGUAUGACAUUGGAGACAUGGUCCAUGCCACCAGGGGAAAAUGGGGUAUCAAAGCAAAUUGCCCAUGUAUUACCAAGCAGCUCAAGCCUUUACCCAAGCCAGCACCACCAAAUGGAGUAUCACAGCUUUCAACCAAUCUUCCCAAUCCUGCUCCAGCAAUUAUUUUGAACGAAGUGUCUGUAAGUGGCGGAAGCUCUGUGAUGUUACCUCAAUCUGAUGGGAGUUUAGCAGAGGUGAAAGCAGAGUCAGCAGACAUUAGAAACUGUGAAGCUGGAGAAGCCAGUAAUGUGAACCUGGCUGAUGAUCAUUGCAAUAACAUGAGCUUUGCAAGUGACAAUGAAGCUUUUUCCACCACUUCAACAUUGAAGGAUACAACACUGAGUUCAGCAGACACUACAUCUGCACUGCACUGGUUGGCUGACCUGGCCACACAGAAGGCUAAGGAGGAGAAAAAAGAAAACAGUAAUUCUUUGAGAUCUGUGCUGAGCCAAAAUCAAGACUCUAAGCCUCCAUUAGCUCUGGAUUCAUUUAAUGCUUUGUCCAAGCCUCCCUCCAUUUUAGAACCCUUCAGCAGUCUUUUAUCUGGAGGCCCUUCGAGCACCAAGAGUGAAGGGUCAAGCCUUAGGGAUCUUCUAAAUUCUGCCCCAGGAAACUUACAACGGUGCGCUGCUGAGACCAACCUUCCAUUUCCAUCCGUCUUCACAUCUGUCGCAACAACUGAGAAAGGAAAAGGAGGGCUCCCAAAUUUCCUGGAUCACAUAAUUGCAUCGGUGGUGGAGAACAAAAUGUCCACUGACCCAUCAAAGCGAAGUGGGAAUUCUACAGAGGCCAUGAAGGAGACCAAGAAGCAAGGUGUGAUGGAAAUGAGUGUUCUAGACCCAAACACGCAGCACUGCUGGCUCUGUGAUGGUCGCCUUCUCUGCCUACAAGACCCCAGCAACCAAAAUAACUGGAAGAUCUUCAGGGAGUGCUGGAAGCAGGGUCAGCCGGUGUUAGUAUCUGGUGUACAUAAGAAGCUUAACGCAGCCCUCUGGAAACCUGAAGCUUUCAGCAAGGAGUUUGGAGACCAAGAAGUUGAUCUAGUCAACUGCAGAAACUGUGCGAUCAUCUCUGAUGUUAAAGUUCGCGACUUUUGGGAUGGUUUUGAGAUUAUUGCAAAACGUUUAAAGUCUGAGGAAGGGCAUCCGAUGGUUUUAAAACUCAAAGACUGGCCUCCCGGUGAAGAUUUUAGGGAUAUGAUGCCAACCAGGUUUGACGACUUGAUGAACAACCUUCCUCUACCUGAAUACACAAAGAGAGAUGGGAGAUUAAAUCUGGCAUCAAGGCUCCCAAAUUAUUUUGUGCGACCUGACCUCGGACCAAAGAUGUACAAUGCUUAUGGGUUAAUAACAACAGAAGAUCGAAAGGUUGGAACAACAAAUCUCCAUCUAGAUGUGUCUGAUGCAGUUAACGUGAUGGUUUAUGUUGGUAUACCAAUAGGGGAGAGCAACCAUGAAGAGGAUACAGAUAACAGUGGAGUAGCAGAGGUAAUGAAGACUAUUGAAGAGGGUGAUGUGGAUGAGGUGACAAAGAAAAGAAUCCACAAAAGCAAAGAGAAGGCAGGUGCACUUUGGCACAUCUAUGCAGCAAAAGAUGCGGAAAAGAUCAGAGAGUUGCUGAGAAAGGUGUCGGAAGAGCAAGGUCAAGAUAACCCACCUGAUCAUGACCCUAUUCAUGACCAGAGCUGGUACCUAGACCAGACUCUGCGGAAACGACUGUAUGAGGAGUAUGGUGUGCAGGGCUGGGCUAUUGUCCAGUUCUUGGGGGAUGCUGUCUUCAUCCCUGCUGGAGCUCCUCACCAGGUACACAAUCUGUACAGUUGCAUCAAAGUAGCUGAAGAUUUUGUGUCUCCAGAACAUGUCAAACACUGCUUCCGACUUACUCAGGAAUUCAGACAUUUGUCAAACACUCACACAAACCAUGAAGAUAAAUUGCAGGUGAAGAACAUUAUCUACCAUGCUGUGAAAGAUGCUGUUGGGACACUGAAGUCUGAGGAACCCAGACUGGGCAAGUCAUAGAACAGCCUAGAAUGGAAAUCAAUCACUCGGCGGAACUGUUCUGCAACAAGCGCUCAUUAAGAAUUACGUGCAUUUAAAAAUGGAAAGGAUGUUUUGGAGGAAGUUAAGAUGUUCAAUAUAAAUUCACCACAUUAUCACCGUGGAAUGUAGUAUCAGCCGUGCUGUUCUCUGCAGCAAGCUGUAGGAGCAGAAGUUGGGAGAGUGUCACAUUCUAGUUAGUUUCGCACUGAGUUAGUGGUUAUAUUUAAUUUUUUUAAGUCCCUUUCCCCUUACUUUAUCCAUAGUCAUGCAAAAACUGCUGGGUUAAUGAAAAGUGAUCUUAUAGAAGUAGUAUAGCCCAUGGCUAUAACAUUCUCAUCUUUCCAGAAUGAGCUGAAAGUUUCAAGGGACAGCAAGACUAUUUGUGGGCUCGCAUUAACUCUGAUCAAUUGAUUCCUGAUUUAUUUAAGUUUCACUCCUUUACAAUAUUCCAGAGACUCGGUUAUGGAGCUGUUUCUUCAUGGUAUCUGGUCACUCAGUUACAGGCAGACCAUACUGGAAUAAAAAACUAACUCAAUCAGGUGAAGAGAUACCAGUUAACAUGUGACAAUUUAUAGCAUAGAAUUAUAUCUGCAUCACUCAUUAUCCCUCUAGGUCCCAAUCACAAAUAGCGGUGGGAGGUGAAAUUGGAUUUCUGGUUAAUUCUGUGGAUGUUAGGGUUUCAGAGGUGUAGAACUGUCAGAAAUUAUUUUUUUUUCCAUUUUCCAAGUUGGAUUUUGUGUCUCAACUUCGUAUAUUUAAAAAGAACAGAAGUUAUUUUACUAUGUAAAGGAGCAAUCUCUUUCUGAAUAAAUCUUUUUGCCCGGCCUGCUGCAGUGUGUUCCUUCAUUGGAAGCAUUCAUGAAGCUCCUUUUGAAGCAGGCAAUAGGUAAACUCCACGUGUUCCUCCACCAGGCAUGCGCCUCGUGUUUCUAUCAGCGAGAUGGACUAUGUAACAAUGGUUCUACAGGCACUGACCUGUGGUUGGAGUUCCUUUCCUUCAACUUGAAAUUACGUUUGUGUCACCUGAAGAAAAAUCCAUUUCACUGUCAGACAUCAGGCAGUAAACUGGGCAGUAAGGAAGGAAUUAUGUGCAGUAAUGUGAUCAUUUACUACAUGGAGAUCUUGAGUAACAAAACUAAAUAUCGAUAUUAAACUGGUCAGUUGAUUUAUUAGUAACUGAAAGUCGUACUACUCAACUGAGUGUUAUUAACUGUUAACUUGUGGAGAAAUACUCAAGCAGUCUGAAGAAGGGUCUCGACCCGAAACGUUACCCAUUCUCUCCAGAGAUGCUGCCUGUCCCGCUAAGUUGCUCCAGCAUUUUGUGUCUAUACUCAAGCAGUGUUGCUUUGCUGAAAACAUUUUGCAACCUCGCUCUCUUUCAGCCGCCCCCCCCCCCCCCCCCCCCAUCCCAAACAGGCUCCCUCAAAAAAAUAAUUUUGUCUUUCAAUCGAGGAAGCCAUUCAGCCCAUCCUGGACUUUGCCAGUUUUUAAACACGAUCCCACAAUCUCAUUCUGCCACUUGCAUUAUCUGGAACCUAUUCUGGCACACAUGCAUAUCACUUCCCUGCUCUGGGUAAUUUACAGUCAACAAUUACACUCCCAACAUGUGUUGUGAUAUGGGAGGAAACUGGUGCGACUGGGAGACACCACAUGGUCACACGGAGAACAUACUAACUCUGCAGUCUGCAUCAGUGUUCAGUAUUGAACCCCCAGGGUCACUGGAUAAGUGCAGAAUCAGCACUACCCGCUGCAGCAUUGUCUCCCCUCCUUAAUCCCUGAGCCUUUUCAUUGUUUGAUAUCACAACCAGGAAGGUAAAGACCAGGAUGCCUAAACAUGCAUUUUGAAUCUUACUGUACAAACCACGGUCAAAAUAAUUGAAGCAGUAGUCUGCAGUAGAUAAUGGUGGUUCAAGUGGCUAGAGGGGGCGUCCUGCUGAAUCAAGACUCUCGUUCCCUCGUUUGGGCCGUCGGGAUGUGGAGCCUGAGCAGUAUUGGCAAUAUGUGAGGUGGUCUGUUCCUUUACCGAUUAACACAGAUGCUUCAGUAUUACUGUUUUAAGUAGGUUUAAAAUAACAGAAUCCUAACUCUCUAAGGAGGCUAUUGAGAAUUUAAUGCAUCUUAAUUAUUUCCUUGACUCUUGUGAUGACAUUUAUCAAUGUGGAGUUACUUUCCAUAACAAAGUUAAAUUCUUUUACCCCUCUGUUAGGAAUUUUUAGAACACGGGAUCUAUGAACCCUGAAGUAAGGGUGAUGAUACUUUGCUGUUCAAGGUGUGAUUCAGUGGUUUUAUUCUGGGAAAGUAACUUUACGUGACUUUUCCCGUCUUGUAUAGGAAGUGAAUGGAGAAUCUAACUUAUGUUUGCGGUGCUGGCUCGAAGGGCCGAAUGGCCUACUCCUGCACCUAUUGUCUAGUGUCUAACUCGGGAUUCUAUGGAGCAGAAAGGCCGCAAUUCCUUCAACCUGGCAAAAGCUCAGAAUGCAAGCCUGACUUCUUGACCUCGCAUGCAACAAAAUGAACCCAGAUUAUUCACAAAUAUGGUUCAUUGCCUUGCCAGUCCUUUUAAAUCUUCGUGUUAUUACGCUGUCAAUUCUACAUGUGCAGGGAAUUCCACUUUGAUACCUCGCUAUUCCAAGAGUCAUGGGGGGAAAAAAGAGGAAUGGUGAGUUCCCAACAGUCUCCUUAAAAUUAAAAACAAAUCUGGUUUAUUUUACUUUCACAUGAAGUAUUCUUUACUUCCAUGUGGGAAUCCUGAACUUGACAAUGGAACAUAUCAGGAAUUUGUAGGGAUCUCGCUUUCACUUUCUGUAUUAAAUUUCCUGUAAACUCCAUCAAAUGCAUAAACUCUGGGUCAGUGAGGAUCAACUUUAUAAGGCUACAGGUAACAAAAUCAAUCCCGCGGACGGGGGCAAGAUUUACAGCUCUGUCAUGUCUUGCAGUGUAGUCUACUCUAAAUUCAUAGAGGGGAGGUGUGGCUGUGCCCUCUGCCGUCUUAAACAUAACCUGAUCUCAGGACAAAUGAGCACAAAAUGUGGGCGUUACCCCAUACACCAACAUCAACACACAACAGACUUCCAGCUUUAGCAUUCGUUCAGAUUCAACAGAACUCACUCUUCCUGUUUUCCCAAAUAGAUUGCUUCCAGAAUUCAGUAUUUAAAACCAAACUGUCUCUAGAAGUGUAUGUUUUUAUUUUGAGCAGGUACCAUAGUACCAUUCGUAAAUCUGAUGUUUUUGUUGAUAUGUAAACUGUUGUGACUUUAUAAUAAAAGGAUAAAAUGACGAAAAAAAUACUGUCACAUAAUGUAGAAUACUUGUCUUCAUUUACUCCAAGCAUUUUGUGAAGGGCUGAUUUAGGUUUCAAUAUUCUUAUUAAAAUUU